AUGGAGCCCCAGAAUGGAGCUUGUCAGGCUCCUCAUGGCUUCCCCCCCCACUGCAGAGAGACGGAGGGUGUCCCCAGCACGGCCAUCCGGGAGAUCUCCCUGCUCAAGGAGCUGAACCACACCAACAUCGUCAAGCUGCUGGACGUGAUCCACACCGAGAACAAGCUCUACCUGGUCUUCGAGUUCCUGCACCAGGACCUGAAGAAAUUCAUGGACUCGUCCUCCGUCAGCGGCAUCCCUCUGCCCCUCAUCAAGAGUUACCUCUUCCAGCUACUGCAGGGCCUGGCCUUCUGCCACUCCCACCGGGUGCUGCACCGCGACCUCAAGCCCCAGAACCUGCUCAUCAAUGCCGAGGGAGCCAUCAAGCUGGCGGACUUCGGGCUGGCGCGGGCAUUCGGCGUGCCAGUGCGGACCUACACCCACGAGGUGGUGACUCUCUGGUACAGGGCCCCUGAAAUCCUGCUCGGCUGCAAGUACUACUCAACGGCUGUGGAUAUCUGGAGCCUGGGCUGCAUCUUUGCCGAGAUGAUCACCAGGAGAGCCCUGUUCCCCGGAGACUCAGAAAUAGACCAGCUCUUCCGCAUCUUCCGGACUCUAGGCACCCCGGACGAGGCUGUGUGGCCCGGGGUCACGUCCAUGCCCGAUUACAAGCCCAGCUUCCCCAAAUGGGCCAGGCAGGACUUCAGCAAGGUGGUGCCCCCCCUGGAUGAGGAGGGGAGGAAGCUCUUGGCUCAAAUGCUGCACUAUGACCCCAACAAGCGGAUUUCGGCCAAGUCGGCGCUGACCCACCCCUUCUUCCAGGAUGUCACCAAGGCCGUCCCUCACCUGCGCUUGUGAAGUGGCUUUGGGGAGGGGGCCAGCCCGGCCUCUGCUGCCCCUGCACUGGCUCCGUCUGGCUUGUGCCUGUAUCUGAAUCCAGCUCCUGGGCCCGCCCCAGGGCUCCUGUGGCUCAUUCUGCCUCUGGGGACUUGCACUUAAGCCUCCCGACCUUGCGGCUGCUGAACUGAGGGGGUGGGACCCCCAUCCCAGCCCCCAUAGCCCUGGUGGGAGCUCCCAGUCUGUGACUCUGAUCCUCCCUGGAGGGCUUGGAUUCCAACACCAGCAAUGGGACAUUCCUCGCUGCAGCUGCGACCUUUCCCCUUUUGCCUCCCUCAGUGUGCCCCCAUCUGGGACUUUUUUCGGAGGUGUCUUGCGUCCUCUGGAGGCCCCUCCCCCCCAAUUUCCUGCUCCAAACCCCCCUGGACACCCCACACCUCGUCGAUGGGAGGAAGCCUUGGAGGGUCCGCCUGCUUCGCAUCUAGCACCCUGGAAUCUGUGCUGCAUCUGGGGGGAACUCCAGCGGAUGCUCCCUGCAACUCCUGUACCUGCUGCGAGCUUGCCCCCGCUGCCCCAAUCCCCGGUGGCUCUCUGGAUUGUGGAGUCUGCCUCCCACAGGCCCACUUGGCUCCCCUCCUCUCCUAGCAGGCUCUGACCCCACAGCUUAGCAAUCCCCCUUUGUCCCGUGAGUAGAAGCAUUUUGCCUUCAUGCACCCUCCACUCAUAUCCCCCCUUCCCACAAGAACCUUCUCUCCAGCGUGAUGCCCGGGUGCGCCCUGUGCUGCAGGGCAGCGUGUUGAAUCCAGCAGCUGAAACUGACCGCCGCAUCCGGCUCAUCUCGUGGCCUCCCGGCAAGAUGCCACCAGAUCCUCUGCUCCCCGAAGGGCUUUGUUCCCAGUGGAGCCCCUGGCCCAACGGUGCUGCCGUCCUCUCUGACAGAUUCUCUGCCUGCUGCCUCAUUGGCUGCUCAGUCUUUGGUGCUGCCUAUGGCCAAGCUUGAUGCAAGGGGACUGAUCCUCGAUGGGCGUCGAUCACUGUGGUUCCACUGAUUUGUGAAUGGUGCUUAUGCCAGGUACAGAUCUGGCCCCAGAACCUGAAACACACACCAGCUGUUGCGAGGUGAGUCAUGCCAGCCACACGCUGGGGAGGGCUGUCUCCCAGUGGUGGGGACUCCUUGUCGCUUUCUCUUUGGCUCAGAUCUUUGCAUACCAGAAGUGCUUCAGCCCCGGGGAAAGUCUGGCUCUGGCACAUGGACCAGAUCUCCAGCUGCUGUGGCCGAUGCAACUCCCCUGAGUUCAGAAGAGCAGUGGUAUUUACGCUAGCUGAGAAUCGGGGCUCUGAAACCAGCUUGUGCACCCAACCUGAGAUUUUUUUUAACUCUCCUCCUCUUCUCCUGUGAGCUUCUCCAGCCACAGUGAUGCCUGCGUUUCUGAAAGGUCAGCUUUGGCCAUCCAGCAAGGAAUAUGAUUAGAAAUCCUCAAAGAACAGCCUGAAGCUGGGGGAUUCCUGAGUCAGGAUUGGUGCAAUCUGCUCAGAUGGUCCUUGAGGAUGGAGAAGGGGGACACUCUGUAGGAAAGUAGCCACCACCACUUAGCCUUUGGUAACAGCCAGAUGUUCAGCAGCUGCUCCCUUUAAAUGCAAUGCAGACUGGGUGCUUGAAUGGAUAGUAGCACCAUCAUCAAGAUUACUCGGGUAGCAGGUAUUGAUAGGGGCUUCUCUCCACCACAGUAAUGCGGUCAGUUGCAGAGGAGCGUGACUACUGCCUUAGAAACUGCCACAUCUGUAAACAUCCCAUGGUGUAUGUAGUGGUAGCUAUCACCUGCCCACUUCCAACCUCUUGGGGGUCUGUUUAAAAAGAGGAUGGGGGAAUCACAUCUAUCUCAAAACUGAUCAGUUGACAAUAGAUAAAUAGGCUGUUUAAAAACAGACUUUAGUGUAUUUUAUAGUAAAGUUUUAUAUUUAAGGGUUGUUUAUAAAAGUAUUUUAGAGGUACACAUUAAUAUUCCAGGAGAGGAAUGAUCCUUAAGAGAAUCGGUGAAUUUAGCUCAUAAGCCACCAAGUAGGUGGUGAGGAUUGAAAAUCAGAAUGGUUCUGUUCCUACCACAGCUAUUUUGAUCUCUUGUCUCUUGAGUUUCUGCAGAGCAGAAAGGUUCUGUCUCAUUUCCUUCCACAGCAAACUAUUUUUUUUUCUCAACUUAUUUGAUUAAAAAAAUUUGCAGGGUUAGGACACCAAUGUAAAGUGCCUGAUGAGAACCAGUUUGAGGAGGGCGGGAAAAUUGAGUCUCAGAACCUACAGCUACAGGGUGGAAGAGAGUUCCACCAAAACCAUGCUCUUGCCAGUUUAUGAUUGAAAACAGAGCGCGAUGGAGGAGGGGGUUAAUAGCUAUAACAUAAUAUUGGGGAGCAUGAAUAUAUAUAUAUAUAUUUUUAGACUGGAACAAGUAGGGAAAUAUUUAUAAGGCUGUGUUAGUUUUAAAGCAGAGUUCUGGAUUUGUACAAAGUUCAUUAGACAAGCACCAUGGACUUUUUUUCGAAGUGAAUAUUUAAAAAACAAACAAACAAAUCCUAGAAUAUAUUUGUCCUUGAUUUUUGUAAUUCUUUCUAGACUGUUUCUUACCAGAUGUUAAAGAUACUUUGUGAUUGGUUUA